CAGAGGAGUUGUAUUUCUCUCUCAAUGUUUACGCACAGUUUCUACUUGAGACGGUAGAGAAGGUGAUAAAGGUUAACUGAGAAUUUAUGCCUCUCUCUCACGCUCUCUAGCACCACAGGUAGUUGGCCAAACAAUGUCCCGCCUUUCAGAUGACUGCACUGCCUCUUUUAGGAGAAGUAAAAGAAUUUAACCGAAACGGCGUAUUUUCAUUUGGGAAGUAAAGCGGCUUGGUUGGGUGUCCUGCAAGAGAAGAUAAAAGAGCGAGUGGAACACACGGUUGCUGAAGCGUGAACAUGGACAUGCAGAAGGACAGCCAGGAUGACAACAAGAUGAGCGACCAUGGGAAGAGCUCUGGAAAGCAACCAGUCACCGCCUGUCUAUUGAGCGCCGCCUUCUUCGGUGCCCUGGGGUCGUCCUUCCUUUACGGCUACAAUCUCUCCGUGGUCAACGCGCCGGCUCAGUACAUUAAAGCCUUCUACAACGACACGUGGAUUGAGAGAUACGGGGAGCCUAUUUCAGCAGAGACCACCACCCUCCUCUGGUCCGUCACAGUGUCCAUAUUUUCUAUCGGAGGCCUGCUCGGAACGCUGUCCGUCUCUUUAAUCCUCAAAGUUCUGGGAAGAAAGGGAACCUUGCUGCUGAAUAACGGCUUUGCUGUAAUCGCUGCUCUGAUGCUGUCCUUGGGUGAGAUGUCAAGAUCCUUUGAGAUGCUCAUCAUCGGCCGGGUCAUUAUGGGGGUGGAUUCAGGUAUCGCUCUGAGCGCCCUCCCCAUGUACCUGGGUGAGAUUUCCCCGAGACAUAUCAGAGGAUCCAUUGGCCAGUUCAACUCCAUCCUGAUCUGCUUAGGAGUGUUUACAGGACAAGUGCUGGGGCUUCCAGAGCUCCUGGGUCAGGAGUCCAGGUGGAUCUACCUCUUUUCCUUCUUGGCGGUGCCAGCUGUUUUGCAGCUGUGCGUGCUGCCCUUCCUCCCCGAGAGUCCUCGCUAUCUGCUGAUAGAGAAGAGGGAUGAGGCUGGAGCAGAAAAAGCAUUGCAGAAGUUUUUGGGCAAGGAUGACGUGUCCCAGGAGCUGGAAGAGGUUCGCAGGGAGGCGCGAGCUCAGGCUAGCCUACACACUGUGUCUGUGUUACAGCUGCUGAAGAGCCCAGCUGUUCGCUGGCAGCUCAUCACAAUAAUCAUCACCAUGGCCUGCUACCAGCUCUGUGGACUCAACGCCAUCUGGUACUACACCAACUGGAUUCUCCAGGAAGCAGGCUUUACUGAGAACAGACUGCCUUACAUCACGCUGAGCACAGGUGCUAUAGAAACCAUGGCUGCUAUCGUCUCAGGCUUGGUCAUAGAACGAAUUGGGAGGAAGCCCCUCCUAAUAUUUGGUUUCUCUGCCAUGGCGCUGUUCUUCAGCCUGCUCACGGUUUUCCUCAAUUUCCAGGAUAGUGUGUCAUGGAUGCCCUACCUUAGUUACAUCUGUAUACUGGCUGUGAUUGCAUCCUUCUGCUCCGGACCAGGUGGCAUCCCCUUCAUCCUGACCGGGGAACUGUUCGAACAGUCCUAUCGACCUGCCGCCUUCAUGGUUGCUGGCACUGUGAAUUGGCUGUCCAACUUUACCGUGGGGCUCCUGUUCCCGUUCAUUCAAGAGGCGUUGCAGUCCUUUGCCUUCAUGGUGUUUGUGGUGGUCUGCAUUUUGGGCUCUAUCUACCUCUACGCCGUCCUCCCUGAAACCAAAAAUAAAACAUUCAUGGAGAUCAGCAAGAGCUUCGCCAAGAUCAACAAAAUUCCCAUCGCCCCCCCUGGCCAUGAAAUGGAGCUGGUUCUCUCCAUUAAUCGGGACGAGAAAGGAAAAGACCAAGACGUCGCUAAGAUGGAAAGUUCCAUCUGACUGGACAUGCACACAAACUAUGGAGAAGCAGGGCAGAUGCAUAAAAAAAGGUUUUGUUGUUUUUACAUAUUUAUUUAAUGGCUGUAAUCAAAAAAAAAAAAAAAGUCACGCUUUUUGUACGUUUUGCAUGAAUUUAAACAAUUUUCCGUUUACAGCAUAUUUGUUUAUAUCUCUUAUUAAAAUGGAAGAAAACUA